AUAUAUAUAUAUGCCUAUAUAAUAACUAAAACAACAACAACAAAAAUUAUUUGCAAAAUUAUUGUUUGAAAAAUUAAAACAAAAAAAAAGCAAAAAAAAACGAAAGCAGUAAAACAAAAACAACGUUAACCACAGUGCCCUUAUUAAGAAAGAUUAAUUUAGAAACAACAACAACAAUAAAAGAGUAAUAAAAAUACAACAACAUCAACGAUUGUCAUUCAUCAUCCAUUAUUGUUGGGGGAUAAUUGUUUGAAACAACAACAACAACAACUACAUUAGCCGGCCUAGCCACCCCUUCAACAAUCAACCAACCAACAACCUCUGGACUUAUUUUAAAAAAUUAUUAUUCAACAACUUGAACUUAUAUAAUUUACCCAUAUAAUCAUACAAUUUGUUUGGCCUUACUUUAAAGCUAAACGCUUAAAUCUUGGAUUAUUUCUUGUGUGUAUAUAUGCAUAAUAAUAUUAAUAAUAUUUAUAUGAGUGUAUGUGUGCCUGUGUAUAAAUCAUUCUCUGGAUUAUAAUCAAAAGUCAAACAAACAAACAAAUUAUUACUUCUGCUUGGAAGCUCUAUUUUCAAAAUUGUGGAUUCUCACCAAACCCCCCACCAAACCUACCCUCCCCCCCGCCCAUCAAUUAACCAACGCAAUCUUAACAGCUGUUUGCUGACAAAUCAAUCAGCUGUUGGCUAUAUGGAUAUUACUAAACGCCCUGAAUAUUUGUAAUUAUGUUUUUUGGGGGCUUUGUUGGUAAUGGAUUGUCAAUGCAGCACAUGUUUAAACACACAAAAACUCCCCCCCAACCGUAAAGUAAUUUGAAAUUUCCAAAUUACUACAAACAUUUGAAGUUGCUUCACUUCAUUUGCUUAAAAGAAGAAGAAAAUUCGUAACGAAGGCCUUAAACUGUGAUUUUAAUUAAUAAGUGUUUCAAACAAAAUUAGCUUGUAAAGAAAAAACAAAAUUAUUGUAAUUGGUAAAACAAAGCCAGUGGAAGAGCAAAGGUCCUCCUUAACUUUUUGAUAUUUAAUUUAACGCUUAGAAUUUACUUGGGGAAGCCUUAAUAUGUUUAAUUUAAAUAUACCUGCCUCGUCGCUGUUGGGUGUGGAAGGCAAUGGAGGUCUAUGCUCCAAGCCCAAUACACCUGAAAUUCUCAAUUCUCUAAUUGCCAUGACAAAUCCUCUGGAUAAUUAUAAUUUUAACGGCAACAAUUCCUCAGCCUCAACACCAGCCUCGGUGACGAUGCGUAAUUUUAUAGCCAACACACAGAAUAUCUCCCAGGACAGCUGCCAUUCCAGCAGCUCUUCAACACCUUUGGAUUCACCUGCUGCCACAAAUUUUACACCGAGUGUACAACAGACCUGUUCACAACUUAUCAAAGCCGGUCUCAAGCUGUCCAUACAAAGCAAACGCAAAUUAUCCACCUGUGAUUCCAGCUCCGGUUCAGAACAGCCGCUCUCCAAGUGUUCGCGUCCCAACGAUGACUACGAUGACACCACCGAUGAUGACAGUGAACUAAAGACCACCAUCCCCAACAAAGGCCUCACACCCGAAGAUGAGGAUAGACGUCGUCGUCGCCGGGAACGCAAUAAGAUUGCCGCCACCAAAUGCCGCAUGAAGAAACGUGAGCGCACUCAAAAUCUUAUUAAAGAAGCCGAGCAGUUGGACCAUCAAAAUGUGGACUUGAAAAAUCAGGUGCGACUCAUGGAGAUAGAGAGACGCAAAUUGUUGGAUAUGUUGCAAGCGCACGAACCAUCCUGUGUGCAUCAGGAAGGCCUAUGUUUACCCUCGAAAUUAUUACAAUCGCCAGCUUUCAAAUAUUUGGCUGAUCUAAAUUUAGACGAUUGCGUUACCGUGACCACCACAAAUGGCACGGCGAGCUCCAGUGUUUCAAUAGCCUCCAGCAGUAACUCACAACAGCCCACACCAACACGUACCGUUAUCCCACCGAUGUCUACUAUCAAAUUUUCACGUAGCAAUGGUUUCAAGGCGGCCGCUGCUGCCGCCGCUCUUACCAAUCCCGUUUCAAUAGUAUCUCAACUUCCAAGCCUAACGCAGAACUCACCCUUGCACCACCAGGCAACGCAAUUGCCCAAUGGCUAUUGCAAGCCCUCGCCCACACAUCAGGACUUGAGCUAUUUGAACUCACCGUCGCAGGAUAGCAAUAUGUGCAUAGCGGGCCUGCAGACACAAACACAUCUCACCACCACCAGCACACCCACCGCCCACCAGAAUGCCCUCAGCAGCUCAGCUUCCAGCCUGGUCACUGGCCACACACUGGCCGAUUACAUUCCAAACUGUGACUCCGGCCUGGGCCUAUCGCUGGCGCACACCUCCACCACCUGCCGCACACCCAUCAGCAGCAAUGGCGGCGACAGCAGUGCUCUCUUGGCCAGUGUGGCGAGCGUGGCCAGCCCCCUGUCCUGUGUCUCCACACCCACCACCGCCACCGAAUUUGUCAAGAACGAACUGGUCGACUCGCAGAGUCCCUAUACCACAGCUCAAUCGGCCGAAAGAUUCCUUUUCGAAAACAAUUGUGAUAGCUUUGUCGACAUCAAGCAUGCCGUCAAUGUCCAUCAGUCGGUUAAUCAGAAUCAUGGCGGGCCCACCCUGCUGCAGAACACCAAUGGCAGCAGCAAUCUGCUGGACUUCACCACCACGCUGAUGGGCGGCAAUGGUUCGGGCAUUGUAUCGUUCCACGAUCAAAUCUCCAUUAAAAACGAUUACUUGCACGAGGCCGAUCUGUUGGCCCAGCUGACGGGCGAGGCAGCGGAUUUCGUUGACUUGGACACCGGCGUAGCGGCAGCGUUCAUGGCCAACGGCGGUUGUUUGGCUUAAAUGUGUACAAUUGGAUCUAUACGCUUCAAAGGUUUAUAACAAUCAGUUACGUGUGUAUUAUUUUCAUAUUUUUUUUGUAAUUUUUCUUUGUAAUUUUGCUGGUCAAAAGUGUGGAAAAAGAAAUUUAUAGAAAACGAAA